AUGAAUGCGACAAAUGAUGAAUGGGGAUGUACCAUAGAGCAGUUUAAUCGAAUGCAUCCUCCCACCUUCAAUGGUCGGGGCGACGCAACCUUAGCAGAAGACUGGAUCCAAGAUAUCGAGGAGAUACUCUUCGUUAUAAACUGCACGGACGUACAGAAGGUUCUAUACUCUGCUUUCAAACUAACGAGAGAAGCAAAAAGAUGGUGGAUUUCUGAAAGAACCAUCAGAGAAGCGGAAGGGACGGAAAUAGUCCGUUGGCUACACUUCAAGCAAAUCUUUAUGGAAUGCUUUUUCCCAACCUCUGUCCGAGAUGACAAGGCUAUGGAGUUUGCUAAUUUGGUACAGGUAGCUAUGUCAGUACACCAGUACGCAGCUAGAUUCAUUGAGUUAUCACGUUUUGCUGCAUAUUUGAUCCCUGAUGAGGAGAAGAAGGCUCGUAAGUUUGAGCAAGGGCUGAAUGAAAAGAUUUAUGAACGAAUUGUGGGCUUUCAAAUUCGGAACUUUUCAGAGUUGGUGGAUAAGGCCACAGUUUUUGAGCGGAGCCUUCAAAGAAGCGCAACACUACUGGAACAGAGGAAGAGGACUGCGCCACAGGGGUCUCAAUCUGCAGUGGAUCAAGGGCCGUGGAAAAUGAUAAAUGAUGGGAACAGCUCGGGGCAAAAGCAAAUGCAAGUAAAUCAAUCGAACAGCCUCUGUAAGUUUUGUAAUCGUGCGCAUACUGGAGAGUGCAGAAGGGAAAUGGGGGCAUGUUUUCGAUGCGGUAAGACCGAACAUCUUAUCAGGGAAUGCCCUUUGCUGCUGGUAGACAACAAGAAGCCUAACCCACAUCCAGGUUCCCAACAAGCGAAUCAGGGUAAUAAUCAACGUAGAAUGGGACCGGCCCAAGUGUUCGCACUAACAGCUGAGGAUGCUGAGAAUGACAACAAUGAGAUCACAGGUACCUCACUCUAUUUUCUCCUUGAACUCUUUUUAUUUGAAUCGAGAUUAGUUGUGCUUGUAUGGAACUGUUCUAAUAGGAUAGCUUAG